AGUGAGUGUUUGCGUGUCAUCCGAUGCGGUCAGGAAAUCUCUCAUUUCCCGCGCUUUUUUACUCACAGAGCACCAGCAAAAUACCUCCAAUAUUGGAAUCACCUGUGCUACCUACAUGUAAUAAAUAGUAUUAGAUUCUAUGUGAGACAAACCUCUUCCUGCCUCGUAUUACGCAAGAACUGCUAAUGAAGAUUUUUGUCGUUGGCUGUUUUUUAUUUCAUUUAAAUCUCCAUCCAGAAUUUUUUAAAGUUAGUGAUUAAGUGGUUGGAAGUGAUUUUUUUCUGUGAGCUCACGUGAUUAAAAAAAUUCUGUGAGCUUCCUGCAAGGUGUGUGUGCAAAAAAAAAUAAUAAGGAGUUUGUGAUUCAGGAAGCUCUUGGGCUACCACACAUGCGUGGCAAUCGCGGAUCAAAGUGCAUAACGAAGACAUAACAGAGAUUGAAGAAAAAAACACAACAAAUUCACGUGAAGUCAGGAGAAAAGUGAGAAGGAGGAAAGAUAAGAAAAAAAGUGAAGAAAAAUGUAUAUCUUCCCAAUUGGAUCUCAUGGUGAGUGUUGAGUGUGCGUGAAGAAGUGGCGCAGUGAUUAUGAGAGUCGGUGGGGUGGAUAAAUCACAGAGGAUCAACUGAUUGAUUGUGGAGGAAUCUCUUUCUUGCAUCAAAGUGAGGUGAAGUGAGGAAAAAAUCAAACCUCUGUGAGCCACUGCUAGUCACUAAGGCCCCGCAGCGAAGAGAGUCAAUAUGCCAUCGGGAUUCCGUCCAAAUGGAAUUGCUUCUGCUGCACAUACACCAAAUGGCCAUCUCAACGGCACAAAGGUGAGGCAACCUUGGCCACCAACUCAGGGGCUCGAUCAUGCAUCAACACUUUCACGCACGCGCUCGGUGGAGCAUCAAUUUCAUCACCAUGGAAAUGGGACAUUGCCAUCUGGAAGAACAUCCAUCAAUGGAUUACUCACGCGCAAUCAGAAUGGACUGCACGAAGACAUUGAUUUCCCACUCACAACACGCACGAUUUCGCGGAAGAAAAAUAUCACGUGGAUGCGACCACAUGAUAUGUGUGCCAGACCGCAAUUUCGUGUCUCUCCCAGUGGAUGUGUUUUGUCGGCAAGAGAACUUCCGGAACCACACGGUCCUGGGGAUCCUAAUCUCUUGGCUGCCAUCGGGUGUCUAUCGCAGUUCCCGAAGCUCCUUGAGCGCGUGUCUCCAUCCGAUCAGAGCUUCGACGUGGCAAAUGGAUACAUUGGAAUGUUCAGAUUCCGCUUCUGGCAAUGGGGAAAAUGGGUUGAAGUUCGCGUGGAUGAUCGACUUCCAACACGAGGAGAUCGUCCAGCCCAUAUGCAUUGCUCCCAACCAGAUAUAUUCUGGGCAGCUCUGCUAGAGAAGGCCUAUGCUAAGCUCUACGGUGGUUAUGCAUUCCUCAAGUACGGCAAUGUGGGCCGAGCCAUUCAAGAUCUCACAGGCGCCGUGGUACAGAGCGUUCCCCCAAGUGGACCUCUUCUUGGUGGUGCUGUUCCCCGUUCAACUCUCCUCCUGGCCAUCACACAUCCCGACAAGGGAACUAAACAUCGGCGUUCGGGGUUACUAGCUGAACAUCCGUACUGCAUUACGGGCUUAGCGCGCAUCAGAACAACCCCAUCUGAUGCACCCCCUGCCGUCACAUCAACCCACGAUACUAAUCUCAUAAGGCUGAGAAGUCCCUGGGCUGGUGGGGAAUGGGGUGGAGUGUGGGGAGGUGCCUGGUCUGAACGUAGUUGGGAAUGGAAUGCCCUAAGUGAAAGAGAUCGCGAACUUCUGGCGUCACGAUCGCAGAAUGAAGGAGAAUUUUGGAUGGCUGUUCCGGAGUUUCUGCAGAGAUUUUCGGUAAUAUGGUUGGCGCAUAUCUCACCGGAUGAUUGGGCACUGGAGCCAGCACUUCAUUCCCGUUCACCAUGGCGGGCCGCCCUUGCACUGCGUCAAUGGCGUCCGGGAUUCAAUGCCGGUGGACCACAUCGGCAUAUUGAGACAACAGCAACUAAUCCGCAAUUUCGUAUUCGGGUACCAGGAGCUGCUGCAAAGGCUCAUGUUGUUGUGGCUGUUGCGCAAAAAUAUGAAUGCUUCCGCAGUCGACAUGAUGAGGAAGCUGAAAUUGGUUUUACAAUUUAUGAGGUUCCCCCGGGAAUGCCUCGUGUGACUCCACAAUUUGUUAGUGAGCAGAUGCCCCUGGAUUUUGCCCCCAUGCAGAAUGUUCGUGAAGUUGCGACAUUUUUUGCUUUGCCACCGGGAGAUUUUGUAGUCCUACCACAUAGCACGCAGCAUCGUGAGGGCAAAUUCCUUGUACGUAUCCUUGCGGAUCAGCAUGCUGAUGUGUGGGAGGUCAAUGAAGACAAUGUGGUCAUUCAGAAUAUUGCUGCGGAAUUUAUUGAGGAGAGGAGUGUGGAUUGUCGACUCCUGUAUAGGCUACGGACGCGAUAUCCAGCAGAAAUUGAUGCAUCGCAGCUGCAAUCAAUCCUCCGUAUGCAGGGAUGUACCUUUGGGCGAACUCUGCGUGGCCUCUCACCUCUUGGGGGUCCUUCAUUGGACCUCUGUCGAGCUUUACUUGCCCUCAGAGAUCCCGGUCUCGGUGGACGACUCUCCAUUGAGCACAUUCCCGCCCUCAUGAGUCUCCUGCGCUUCUGGAAGGCCGCCUUCCGACGAUGUGGCCCCUCAAGUGGGGGUACAUUGUCAUUUAGUCGUGGCACCUGGGGUUCCCGUGUUUCCUCAUACAGCCUCCGUGGUCUCCUUUGGGCUAGUGGAGCCACAGCCAGCAAUAAAGUCCUCGAAGCCCUCGUUGGACGAUUCUGUCGCAACAAACAAAUUACCCUAGAGGGCUACCUCAUGUCCAUGGCGCGUCUUCAUCUAGCACAUGAACGCUACCAUAGUUUGGAUACAAAAGCAAAAGCCAACCCAUUAACCCUUGAGGAGAUGAUCCUCAUGACAAUCUACUCCUGAGAGCAGCACUACAAGAUGCUGUGAGAUACAUUUUGGAGCCAAAGAGAGCAAAUCAACUGAACUGGACUUAUGCAAUAAAUAAUAAUAUUUAAGGUGUUUUUUUUUAAUGAGAGCAAAGACCCCAAAAAUGUUAAGAAUACCCCUUUUUUUUAGUUUAGUGUGAGAUCCUCUAAUUUAUUUGCAAAAUCACCUCCCCAAAACAACCUGAUUCCGUCUUAAAUAUCCCGUCCUUGAGAAUUAAUAUAUAAUGCAAAAGAAAUUACUUCUAAUUAAUAUAUUUUGAAUGAUUUUUAAAAUAAAAAGAAUCACUUUUCUGUUAAUAAA